AAAUUGUACGCAUGUCUUGCUUCUCAAGCCAAAAAGACAUGUACAAGAUAAGCCUUUCAACCUUAGGGAGCUCAUACCCAAUGGAGGCAGGAGCGGAGGCAGGGGCGAAGGCAGAGGCAGGGGAAGGCUUACGGGUCCAAAGUGGAUCUUCAUUCAGGAUUGGAAGUUGGAGGUGCAAUAGCUCGCGGCUUGUAUCUGAGUCUGUAUCUGCCGAGUGUGCAAGAAUUGCCAAGUACGAAAGGCUCUCAGAAUCAGAGAUCCUGACUUACGACCGCACCAUAGAUCAUGCACAGACGAAGAGCAAGCGUCUUGGAUUUCUUGGAAAGAUAUUCAGUUCCAGAAAAGCUUCUGUGGAGGUGGAAGAGAAGAGGAAGAAGAAACGUUCUUCGUGGCUUCCGGAUCCUAAGAGGAGAUGGCCUGUUCAAGGUUGGGGAUAAAUAUUAAUCCAAGUCAACCUUAGCACAUAUAAUUUAUGAAGUUAAUUUUAGUUCAUUGCAUUCGCGGAAAGAAAAAGAACAUUGUAAAUGUUGCCACUUUGCCCCUUAAUUUCAAAGAAAUUUCCGUUUUUUUU